AUAAACAAUGGGAACUGGGCACUGUACUGGGUAGAAUUAAUGAACUAAUUACCUGCUUGCUGACGACACCUGGCCCAACAGAACCUUGAUACCUGUGCUCAUCAGUUCCUUAUCACCUACAGGGUGGUCAUAGUAUUAUAUCAGACAUACUGUAGUGGAUCCCUUGCUCUGCUGUACCGUUACUUAGGUUACUAUUGCCCUACGUUACUGAGGUGUUACUGUUACUGACUUCAGGUGUUAAUACAAAGACGAUGAAAGUAGCGGCCAACUUAUCAUUUAUGUUUGGUGAGGCUGGUGGACUGUUGGCCCGGUACAAGGCUGCCAGAGAGGCGGGGUUCCUGGCAGUUGAGUGUGCCUUCCCUUACUCGGUGCCGGAAAAAGACGUGGCGGCGGUACUUAAGGAAGAAGGGCUAGAGCAAGUCCUCAUCAACUCUGAUCCUGGUGAUCUGCAGGCCGGUGAGCUGGGGUUUGCAGCUGUGCCAGGCCAGGAGACAAGGUUCAGGGAGAGUCUCGAGCGAUCCAUAUCAUUUGCAAAAGCUCUCGGUUGCCACAAGCUCCACAUUAUGUCAGGACAUCAGAGUGCCGAUCACAAUGAGAAGGCGCAUGUUACAACACUUGAAAGCAACCUACGUCAUGCUGUCAGUCGCCUUGCCAAGGAGGACAUUGUUGGCCUUAUAGAACCCAUCAAUCCAGUGUCUAUCCCUGGCUACUUUCUCAACAACUAUGACACAGCCGUGUCCUUGAUAGAGAAGAUCGAGUCUCCUUAUCUACGACUUCAGCUUGACGUCUUCCACCUCCAGAUGAUCUGUGGCAACGUGACCAACAACAUCAAGAAACUUAUCCCUCUUACAGGUCACGUCCAGAUAGCCCAGGCUCCUCACCGUCACGAACCUUCCUGCCCCGGAGAACUGGACUAUGCGUUCAUCUUCAAGAGCUUACGUGAGGCGGGUUACAGUGAUUAUGUUGGUGCUGAGUACAGUCCUUCAGGCAGCUCAAGUGGUUCCCUCCAGUGGAUGGAUCAGUGUGGUCUUACAUUCUAAAGUGUCUGAUCCUGCAUACAACUGGGAGAUGGGAUGCUGAAGAGUUAUUGUCACCACCAAAGUUAUAACCUUCUACGACACCACAAAUACAGCUUCAGUAUAUACAGGUACUUUCAAGUUUGGGAUUUAAAGCACAUACCAGGUACCAUAUUGAUAUCAGUGUGUUGUUCCUUUAUAUCCUGCCUUAUAAAAGACCUGUACAGCAUUAUGUUGUGACGUAUUUUUCACAGUGGUAUUUUUUAACAUACUGUACUUUAUUCUAAACAUGGAUGCCAAGACUCGGUUCCUAAUCAUCUUUGCUGUCAGGUUACAGUACUUUAACAUAAGAUACCAAGUAUUAAUGAUUGUAAGUUAAGUCCUUGGCUGUGAAGUACAAGACUGUAUAUCAUUAAGGCACAUAUGACAUAGUGGGACUAGAAUGUUAAGGAGGUGGUUUAUGUUAUCUUCCUUGUAAUAUAUUCAAGGUCUUGUCUUGUCUUUACUCUGACCUGGGAUUUGUUGUCGUUCACUUUGUCUUCACAUCAACGGUCUGAUUACUAGAGACGAGAAAUAUAUUUCUGAAUUCAUUUCUAAUAUACCAAAUUACUGUAACUUGUUACUUGAAUUGUUAAUGUAUAGGUUAUCUUAUUAACAGAUUAUAUUUAGAAAUACAAUAUAUAUAUAAAUAUUGAUAAUGAAUUGUUUAGGUAGAAAAAUAAAGCUCAAUCUUCUGUAGGAACUUGACAAAUAUUAUGCUGGUUUGAGACCUUUCAUAGGUGAACAGUUGGCAUUGCUGCUGUUGUUUCCCGAGUGAAAGGUCUCAUUUUAGUAAACACUGUAGAGCCUGAAACAAAGUUAUUCAGAUGAAAUAAUUACAACUACAUAAAGGCAACAGGGUCUAGACUAUUAGAGACACCAACACUUUAGUUCAGCUAUGUACUGUAGGAUGUUUUAAUAACUUACCAGCAUAUUACUGCCUACUCAAGUCUAUUGUGUACAUUUGAAUGAAAAUAAAUGUUAUAUACUUA